AUGGACGGUCCAGGGAACCAGAACACCCGCUCAGACUGGUAUGACCUAUUAUUCCCCCGUAUAUCGUCGAUUUUUACACGGGACCGUGCACUGCACAACACCAGGCGAAGAAUCUGGACGCGUGCGACGAGCAGCACUGCGAUUCGACAAUACCAACACCGCAUCAUACAGAAGGUGCACAAGCUCAAGUGUCUCAUUCUUGCACAGCAGCACCAGCCCAUUCUCGUGAAUGAGCUCAUGUAUUGGUUCGCGUUUGACUCCAUGGGUGACUUUGCAUUCAGCAUGAAUUUUGGAAUGAUGGAGAACCAGGAAUGGCACCGCUGUAUCCUGCUGUUUCGGUCUGCGCUAGCUCUUCUUGGACCAUUUAGUCCAGCUAUCUGGAUUCCACGUCUCGCGUUCACAAUCGUGCCGGGUUUGUGGUGGGCGAAGUGGUGGUUCCAGAUGCUAGCCUUUUGCGAUCAAUGCAUGGAACAACGGAUGUGUCGGACCAUCCAGGAUAAGGACAUCGCUUCUUUCUUCAUUGAAGAUCAUUUCACCAGCGUCGAUCAGCGCCGAGAGCAAUGGCUGAGUGGUGACACUGCCACACUCGUGGUUGCAGGCAAGGAUGCGGUAGGGUUAUCCAAACUCAGUCACCUGAACGGGGUCAUCAAUGAAACCCUGCGGUUGCUUCCAGCCGUCCCGACGUUUGGUACGCGGGUUACGCCACCAGAAGGCUUGACGAUUGCCGGAACGUUUAUCCCAGGCGGGACCAAAAUCUGUGCCCCCCGCUAUACUAUUGGACGAUUAGAGUCGGCAUACGAACGGCCCAAUGAGUUUAUCCCUGAGCGUUGGUACUGCCAAGAGGAAUUGGUUCGCGACCGACGAGCGUUUGCACCAUUUGGUGUUGGCAAUACCAGCUGCGUGGGAAAGAAUCUGGCGCUGACACAAAUUCGGCUGGUAGUAGCAUCACUGGUGAUGCAGUAUCGGAUAUCCUUUGCCGCGGCCAGUCCUAAUGGCGAACAAGUGGAAAGAGACCUGAAGGAUCAGCUUACUGCCAAUCCAGGACCGUGCUGGUUAGAGUUCAGCCCAAGGAAUUAG